ACUAACCAUCUCAGUGCUGUACGACGACGACGCGUGGCGGUCGGCGGCAGCUCAGUGGCGCGGUGGCUCCGGCCGUCGGCUGCGGUGUGCGGAGGCGCCGAGGAGGAUCGAGGAGAAGCAGCGUCGAUGCGGUCGCGACGGAGCGCGCGAGUGGGGUCGGCGCUGGAGCCGCUCGGAUGCCGGCUCCGUCGGCCCAAUCGACGGCGACCGGAUCUAAGCGGCGCCCGCACGCCGCCGAGGGUGAACAAGAAGCCGAAGCGAGGAGCCGAGCCUCCCCGAGCCCAAGCCUCCCUCGUGUCUACUCUAGCGUCCAGGUAGCGCGCCAAAAAGGGCUUCAGGCAGAUCUGCUCCAGGUACCACCCGCCCAACCAAAGCCUCUUUUUACCGCAGCCAUCGUCAGUAUAAAAAUGUGAGAUGCCAUUAUCCUUUUUAGACUUCAAACAGGAAGUUCAAGAUGGGGAUAAAAGGUGAAAUGCUACACUUUAAAAAAAUUAGAGCAAGUGAUAAGGGUGAUGGAAUAUUUUGGGUGGAAUAAAUCGACGAAUUCGGAUUGAGAAAAGGGAAUAAAGGGGCACCAAUAGUGCUCUGCAUGUCUAGAACCUGGAGCUUGAUAAAAAUGUCCUUGUCUUUCAAACAAAACCAUUUUUUCCUAAGCAAUCUCCCAGUGCUCCCAGGUAUAUUGUCUUGUGCAGUGCCGGAUUUUUCUUUUAUCACCGGAUAGUAUCCGUAGCUGUCAAAGCACUGCUUGCUACGCGGAGUUUCCGCUGCAUGGGAUGAAAAUCUGUAUAUGCCGUAGCGCGUGCUUUGCACAUGAGCUUCCUCUGAGGGAACAAAGGAAGGAAUAGUAUUCUUUGGGGACACGGGGAACAAUCUUUGCAAAUCAUAAUUGAAUUGGAAUUUUAAGCUUAGAAUCCUUUGCCUUUUUGAGAAAGCAGAGUACCGUUUUAGUUGUAGUAUGGACUGAACUUCACCUUCACCAGAUCAGUACCCAUUCACAGGAAAGAUUUAUUAGAUUAGAUUUUCACCAGUUGGUCAUUGAUUUGAUUUGCCCGUCGACAUCCCAUGGUUGGAUCGACAACGAACAUUGUUUAGUGCAAACAGUAUUUGCAACCGGUAACGUCUUUACCUUUGCACUUCAGUGUGGAGUUGAUUCCUCUGCAAACCAGCAGCGGGAGAAGCAUCGACUCAACCUUGCUCUUGCCCUGCCGUUUAUAGCACUAAAGCAUCCAGGUCAGAAAACCAAAGCUGUAUGGUAGAUGGUAACUGACCGAUUCUCUUCGUUGAAAAGGGAACACCUUGCUGAUGUGUCUACACUUGAUUAAUGUUUUGAUAUUUUUUGAUGGUGGUCAAUCUGGCUAGUGUGGACGCUUGUUCCAAUGAUCUGCAACAGAUCGGUUUCCACAAUAUGCCACACAGAGGAGCAAUUGCCGCAUAAAUAAAUAUGUUAAAUUGCAUGAAAGUAUGUUUAUUCUAGAUUAGAUUGUGAAAAACCCAAAUGAACUUGUAAGUUAGUAGUAGAACUGCCCAGUUGUUGGAAAUCUGUAAAUACAGUGUGCCUUGGUGAAAAACAUACUCCUUUUUUAGAUACGGAAAUCCUUAUCACCAAACUUCUAUCAUUUAUAUUCAUAUAUUACGCUGCAGGUCUUACUUGGUCUCUGAGAAACAGGGUUAUUCAUGUUUCUUCUACUCACGUUUGAGUUCCUGAUGACAACAGAGGGAAAGGAACAGACAUACUUAGGGUAGUCCCGACAGAUCCUUUUCAUGCAAAUAAAACAGUACGGACAGCUGACUAGAAGUGAACAUGGAACCUCUUGAAUUAUUGCGUAAAGGUGUGAUUUGGGAGAAUAUAUGUUGAUCAGAAUAGGUUUUGUGAAUGUCUGUAGGUAAUGCACGUAUGCAGAGAAUCGAUUCUGAAGUGGCUAUAUAUAUUUAACCCCAAUAAUACAAUCUGCCCCUGGCAUAUAAUGCCACUUCCAACUUUAGUACUAUCUUUGGGAGGUUGCACAACAUCUAGAAUGGACAAGACAUACAAACUCUUUAUUAAAUUAAAUUAGUAAAAGGUAAAAUGUUAACUGAAGAGAAUUAGCUUUACCUAUUUUCUUUUCCAGUCUGGAGUUUCAGCUCCAUGCAGCCAUGGCUCCACCCUCUAGCGCUGUUUGAUGCAGAUAGGUCCAGAUAGGAAUGUCUGCUACUUUCUUAAUUUUUAGUUGUGUGAUAAGGUUUUCAAUCAUGCUUUGCCUUGUUUAUCGUGCCUUUCCAAUAAUAUUUUUGUGUGUUGAUGCUGUAGAGAAAUAUUAGAGGGAGUUUGUAGGAAGAGUGUUAUGAUUAGUACUCCAUCUUCACCAAGCAAUUUUGUAAUGGACAGUGAUACAAACCCUGAUGAAGCAUCCAACGGUUAUUGAGUUUUGAGUUAUGGCUCCAUGGAGCCAAGAAACUUUUUCCUUUUCUUGUUCACUGUUUUCGCUUGAAAUAAUAAGCCUACUAAGUCCUGAGCUACUAGUAUCUUCAUUGAACUGUUAAUUGUCACCAUGAAUCUUGUAGACCAUUUUCUUAAAAGUUACAUGCAUCUAUUUUGGCCUUUCCACUUUUCCAGUUAUUUUUCUGCCUACCAUUGUGCACUACAGAACAGAGGAUGACAAAUAUCCAGCAUAUUGUACUUUUCUCGCAGGAAAAUAUAUUGUUAUACACAGCUGCACGCUUAAUCAGGGAUGCCCAUACAGGAAGCCGGUAACGAAGCUAGAAGCACAUUUACUCUGUAAUUGAUCUAGAGCACAUUUACUCUGUAAUGGAUUUACACAUGUAACAGUAUGAUUCCAUGGAUACAACACUUACAAGAUUUGCAUUGAGCCUGUAUGUAUAAUAAGGGGAAUACAUAUGAGAAAGGCUAAUUUAAACAAUUCAUUUAAGCUGAAAUUUUAGCCAGCAUUUUUACUACAAAACUAUAUUUACAUUUUCUGUACAGUUGAAUUUAUUCAAAUUCGUUUAUGAACUUUUAUUUUCCUCACUUUAAUUGUAAUUGCCGGCCUCGUUUUUUUUAUCUGCCUUUCUUUUUCGUUCUUACAGUUACUGAAGUAAUGUGGCAUUUUGGUCUAAGGUGGGGGCACUAGGAUUUUCUAUUAGCCACACAAAGUGUGCAUAACUGCUAGAUCUGCACCUCCCCAGGUACAUAUUGUGGAAGAAUAAAAAUCUAAAGAAUAUAUCCUUUGAUCCUAAUUCCUCACACCAUUGUCCAGGGAUAAAUUAAAAGACCUUAAACUAACAAUUUCUCUGAAAAAAGAGAGAAAAGGUGGCCAGUAAUAUAUAGCAGAAAACAAGUUACUGAUCAGGCUAUAUUAUUGUGCUGAAUUUGUUGCUCUUGAAUCUUGUAAUAUUCAUGGUGUCGAUUCAGUCUCGAGCUAUUUUUAUGGUCCAACUAAUCAACUGUGUUUGUACUCCCUCCGUUCCUAAAUAUUUGUCUUUUUAGAGAUUUCAAAUGGACUACCACAUACGGAUGUAUAUGGACAUAUUUUAGAGUGUAGAUUCACUCAUUUUUGCUCCGUAUGCAGUCACUUGUUGAAAUCUUUAGAAAGACAAAUAUUUGGAAACGGAGGGAGUAGUAUUUAAGUAACUCUUUAAGCAACAUGCAUGAAAGACUGGUUUAUACUUGCAUGCCCGGUAGACACCAUUCUUACUCUGCAUUUGCCUGCCUGCACAUUUACAACUGAACUGCUGUAGCCCUAGCUUGAAAUUUAGAUCAUAAUUAUAAAACCAGUGAGGUGUCCGUGCCAAUGAAAAGUUGAUUUGUGCGUAUAUACACAAAACAUUUGCCUGAAUUACCUUAAUCAAAUUAUGUUACUGAGACAACUAUUUGAUUUUUGGAGUAGUUAAUUAUAGCGCAAUUACAUUUAUGUUUGGAAGAAUCAGUUAGUACACAUUCAGAAGUAAUAUACCGCGGGGUAGACUCAGGAUGUAACACUAAAAUUCUCCUAUCUUUGGCACCACUUUUCUGUUGCAUUGUGGUCUUUCUUGGUUCUCCCUGUCCUUUUUUCUCCAUUCACCCUUCAAUCUGGAUAGCUCAGUUAGAAAGGCUAGGUCAGAGCAUCUCUGUGCCUCCAAAGCCGCCCUGGAUUCGCAAUUAUUGAGGCGCCUCCACUAUAAAAAGGCAACCAUCCACAAGAAGUAAGAACACAGCGAGCAAGCAAGCAAAGCACACAACAAGGACAAGACAGCAGCUGAGAACCCUAGUACUGAACCAAAAGCCUUCACAGGGGCUUACUGCGAAUGAACACCCAGAGGAAGCCUGGAGACUGGAACUGCAACUCGUGCCAGCACCUCAACUUCAGCCGCCGUGACUUCUGUCAGCGCUGCCGUGCCACGCGCUCGGAUCUGCAGCUCGGAGACGGCCGCUGUAUAGGUGGUGUGCUGACCUCCCUGGACGUUCGCCCAGGUGACUGGUACUGCAAUUGCGGCUACCACAACUUCGCCAGCCGCUCCAGCUGCCUCAAGUGUGGCACCAUCGUGAGGGACUUCCCCGCAGGCCAGGGUGGCACUGGCGCUGCUGAGAGCGGUGGAGUUCGUGCUGGGUGGAAAACUGGUGACUGGAUAUGCACAAGGCCUGGCUGUAAUGUGCACAAUUUUGCAAGCAGAAUUGAGUGCUAUCAUUGCAAUGCACCUAGGGAAGCAGGCACCGGGAAGUAAGGAUCAACCAUGCCGACCGAGAUCGAGAGGCGUGACGCGAUGGCUUAGGACGAGACCAACCAUUGUCACACUCGCAAGCUGCGAUCCAGGAAGAAUAAAACUACAGAGUAGUAUAUAUGAUGUAUUGCCACCUGUUAUACUACUACAACCGUUGCAUGGUUGCGAGGGCAGGAGAAGUUCCCUUAGCUUCCAGAAUGUAACGCGUGCAUGGUAUCGUCGCGCCUCGUUUACGUUGGUCGAGGCGUCGCUCAUAUUGUACGGUUUGGAUUACUUGAAUAAAUAUUCUUAACCAUCCUUAUAUGUAUUGUGUAACUGUUGA